AUGGAGAGUUUCUCGGAGAUUCUUUACUUGUGCAUUCAUUGGCUGCCUCUCUUUGUCGUCUUUGUACUGGGCUCGAAGUACAUUCUGGGAGUGACCAGAGCCAUAAAAUCACCCCUUUCACGCAUUCCGGGACCUUGGUAUGCCCCUUUGACGACACUACAUCUUAGUUAUGCGUUUGCCAAAGGCACAAUCUGGAAGGAUGUUGAGAAUGCCCAUGGCAAAUAUGGCCCCAUCUUCCGUCUUGGACCACGUCAAGUCUGGAUAUCUGACAUGGAAGCGAUGAAAGCCAUCUUGAUGGCGAUUGAUCUGCCAAAGGUGGCAAUGUAUGCCGAGAUUUCCAGAGAUCGAAACGCUCCUGGGCUAUUUGGAGAAAUGCAAUUUCUCUUUUCCACGUGCAUCAGUGAUCUCAUUAGAAGAUACGUUGGCUUGCUUUCAUCGCCAUCUCCUGAGAGCGGCCCAGUGGUCACGGAUAUUAUGGAAGAUGUCCACAAUAUUGCACUUGACAUAAUGGGCGAAUGUUCUUUUGGUAAAGGCUUCGGUCAGACAAAUCCAUCAGAUAGCUUCGAGUUCGAUCUCGAAAUGGAUGAAAAAGUCUGGAAGAGUAUUCCAACAGCAAUUUUCAAAGGAAUAAUUCGCAGAUAUCAGCUUAUUUAUAUUAAACGUUUCUUACGGCGUUUGGGGUUUCAAUUUGAAUUUGACUGGCCAAGAGAAAUGAUUUCGGUGAGAACUUCACCGCAAUAUUAUGCGAACAUGAAAAUCAUCGUCCCAGAGAAAAUUCGCCCAGACCUUCUUCAAGACCUUAUCGAUGAGGGCAUGAAUCCCGACAGUGGUGUGAAAAUGGGAACAAGAGAAGUGAUUGACCAAAUGGUCGAGAUCCUCCUAGCCGUGCUCGGCCCAAAUGAUCUAAUAAUCUCUAGUCAAAAAGUCAGACUUGGACCUGAAUUUGAGUAUCUGGAAGCAUGUAUCAAAGAGGCUCUCCGACUACACCCAAUAGCUUCGGAAAUGGGUCGUCAAACUGGCCCUCUUUCAAUUGAGCUAGUGGGGUACCAUCUUCCUCCCUUUACUGUUGUCUCUGCCUCUUACAGGGAGCUUCAUCGCAACCCGAAGCACUGGCCGGAGCCCUUGCGGUCUUGGCCGGAAAGAUGGUUACAGAAUCGACCAGAAGGAGUGCCGGCUCCGAAUAUGCAAGCCUAUUAUCCAUUCUCCGCGGGUAAACACGCUUGCAUUGGGAAAAACUUCGCCAUGGCUGAGAUAAGAAUGGUAACAGCCAAUAUCCUUUCACGCUUUGACUUUGACGAGGUUUCAGGGCAACGUGUUGACUUCAGGCAAUAUAUCACUAUGCAGUUCGAGCAUGGGUCCUGGAAGGCUUUCCUCAAGCCUCGAUAUAAAAGCGAGACUAACGACAUGUUGUUCACAUCCCCACGAGGUCUUUAG